AUAAUAACGCGCAACCUGCGGCCGGUCUGUGUGAUGUUCUCCGCUUUGAGUCCUUGUUGCCUAUUAGUACAGCCAUAAUUCACUCUUGAAGUGGAAGAGCUCCGUUAUUUUCUCCUGAGGACUUUUUUUACUUCAUCAUAGGCCCCCCAAGCACUCAAUUCUUUGUUUCUCUUCCCAAUUUUUUCACUUAUUUUGGCGACAACUUCAAGUGCUGUCCGUAGCAUUUGAUAACCAUUUCCUGCCAAUUCAUCAUCAAUAGCCAUUCUGUCCAUCUUCAAUUAGUUCGAGUUGCGUUUUCUGCUUCAGCCCAACAAAGGAGUUGAGUCGCCGGCAAGAUGGAUUCCCAAGCAGAGCUGCCGAACCCCAACAUGGAAGCUGGUGGUAGUACGGUGCCUAGCCCAGUAGCCAUACCGCCUCGGCUGUUUUUUGUAACAGUUAUCGACUUUUCUGUACCGCCGGGCCGAGUCAACCAUUACAUCGUGCGAGACCUCCCUAUCAGGCGAGAUCUCGUCCUAGACCCGCACACCGAUGAGCAAACCUUUCGACGGGCUGGGGAGUUCUACUAUACGAGACAGUACACCGUACCCACCGUCAAUCCUGCUGCGGGGCCCACGGCGACGGCUAACAACAAUGACGAAGACGACGCUGCUCGACGUGUAUCGUUUGCGAUGGACUUUGGCGGCUUCCACAGAAUCAUUGACUGUAUCCGGAAGGUAUCCCAGUCCGAGGAGGUCGGCGCCCAACAACGUGAGCGUGCCUCGAGUCUCCUUAACCGACUUGAGGGCAACUUGUCUCCGGACCCCCAGCCUAUCGCCGUUAACCAGGAGGUCUUGUUCGCUCAUGCGAAAGUGUACGUCUUUUCAAUAUGGGGCUGUGUGGAGCCUUUGAAGGAGUACUCGUCCAAAAUGCUACUGAGAGCCCUUCUCCAAGGUGACUUGACCUUCGAGUUUGCUGACGCUUUUGCGGCCGUCGUCAUGUUCCUGUUUCAGAAUACCCCUCGGAGCGAUGGCAUUCGGCGUCCCUUGGCUGAAAUAACCCAUAAGAUGACUCUUGUGGGCGCCCCGAGUUCUCAUACUCAGUUCACUCGGCUCUUCAAUGAGAUCAUGUUGAACCAUUCAAUUUGAUGGCUCAAUUCUAGGAUGAGAAGCUACGUCUAGGGAUAGUGUACCUACGCUGCUAAAUAGGUAG